UAAAUCUAAAAGCAAUGUUGUGUAUAAAAUAAAAAAAGUUUUUCAGUCCAAUUCAAAAUCUAAUCCAGAACAAAUUGUAUGCUGUUUACCAAAUUUAUUUGUCCCGUCAAAAUUUUACGUACAAAAUUGAAUGCCGUUGGUCGUUAAUGCUGAAACAUGGACACCAGCAAAAAGUGUUGCAAACGUCGGUGCCAGCAACAAGCAUUAGCGCAACGACAAAUGUGCAAGCAGCAUACAGGACAAUGUCUACCACACUUAAUACCUGUUAGACCAGUACGACAACAAAAUUCCACUCAAGUAUUAUUGGCUGAGCAAAAAUUAACGGAAACUCCUAGUGAGUAUGAAGAAUUCUAUGAUUGCCUUAGUGAAUCUGAUGUCCAAAAAGAGACAAAGUCACGUUGUAAGCACAAAAGCCGUACCCCAAAGUCACCGCAAGGAAACUUUGGAAACGCUAAAGUUUUUGAACAUGCACUUAAAGAAAUUGUGACAAUAUCUGAAAAGCUAUUCGAAAAAUAUGAGGAUGCUAUGCGCCAACAAAUUGGUGACAAUGCCCAGCGUUGUAGUGAUGAUACUACUGCCGUUUCUACAUGCAAUAAAAGCAUGUCUUCAUGGAAUUCAACAAAUGCUGCCUUAAGUGAUAAAUGCACUGAUAGAUCAACUGAUACGGCAUAUACUGAAAAAUGUACCACUGAUACUAGUGCUAAGGAUACAAAUUGCGAGACGAGCAAAAUAUUGCUGAAACCUAUCCCACUUAUGAUACCAGUUACGGUCCAACCGUAUAUUUAUAGAAGUGAUAUUGAAAAUUCAGAGCGACAGUAUUCACGUUCAGCCAAAGGCUGUGAACCAAUACGCACUUCUAUUAUUGCUGGAUCUGGUAAAAUGAAUUUAACAGAUACCUCUUCGGAACAUGACGAACAACUACCAUGCUAUCCAAUGAUAAGGAACGCACCAUCACAGAUAGACACUUGCUGUGGAGUUACUGAUUAUGAACCGAUUUGCCGUCAAGCACAAGAAGAACCGGAGGAUAUAUGCACAGACAUCGAAGAAAAACAGUCCCAAAAUUGUUUUAACGGAAGUGACCCACAUUUAGAUACUAGUUCAUCUCCAGACUGCGCUCCAGCAUGUAAAAUCACAUAUUAUGAGUUACGUAAGCAACAAAAACAACAACAGCAACAACAACAACAACAAAAUUUAUCCUGCAACGCUAAUAUAAAUUAUCCUACUAAAAUGAGAACCUUCAUGCAAAAUAUGCAAGAACAACCACAAAACAUUGAAAUGCCACGUCAAAAAAUUUGCCGCUGUGGGCGAGUUAAAAAACAGCAAAAUGUAACAGUCAAUGCCUACCAGGAAGUAGCACCUAAUAAUGAUGCACUUAAGCGCUCAAAGCCUUGCGGUAAAGGUGCGUCAGCGGCUGAUCUACAUACAAUUAUGAAUGAACUAGCUUCAUUACAGCCGCCAACAGAUAACCCUAUACGAAAAAAGCCUUGUAACUGCAGUCGAAAAAAUGAAAUGUUAAUGUCAAAAAGUGAGAAUGCAUUUCCAAAAGCUGAAACUCAUCAGCAUUGUCAAAAGAAUAACAAUCGGGGGCAACUACCUUGCAACAGCGUACAUAAUAUGCAAACUUGUAAUGCUGGGCAGUCAUUUGUUAAUAAAUGUUCUCACCCACCGGUGCAAUCUUCUCUUCCCACAAGUGGACGAAGUUGUGGUAAUAUGCACACAUCCUGCAAUAAGCAACCUACAAUGUCCUCCAGACCACAGACGUGUAGUUCAAAAGCGGAAUCAAUAUAUGGUACGCCAGAGUCCAUGGGUUCCUAUGACACAUGUCCAAAGACGAGCUGUGGUAAACAAAAGUCAGAAAUACAAAUCAAACCACUGUGCGAGCUUCAAGGGAAUGAUGCCAUUGGUAAAUCAUUUUAUGCAACACCUAGUAAUUCUUCACCGUGCCAGCAAGCAAACUUUAAUCAAAUGUCAACGCCUAAAGUAUGUAAACGUUUUCCAUCUAACACCCCAUCAAAAACAUCGUGUUCGCCUUCAAAACAUUCUUUAUAUAAACCCUGCAAUCAACCAAGACCUGAAUCGUCUAGUACAGCAUUACAUACAACCUGUGGUCAACAAGCAUAUCAGGCACCUUGUGGUCAGCCAAAACCACAAUCAUCGAAUAUAGCGUUGCAAAAAUCUUGUGAUCGGCAAAAAUCGCAUGCAUCUUGUGGUCGUGCAAAACCUCAAGCCUCUAAAACAGAGUUACAAAUGCCUUGUACUCAAACGAAAUCUCAAACCUUCAGUUCACCAUCACAGAAGUCAUGUGGACGUGUGAAAACACAACCUUCUAAUGCAGCAUUGCAAAUGCCUUGUGGACAAGCCUCUAAAGCUACAUUACAAAUGCCAUGUGGUCAAGCAAAAUCUCAAGCGUCCCAUGUAGGAUUACAAAUGCCUUGUGGUGCAAAAUCUCAAUCCCUUAAUAUACCAUCACAAAAGUCAUGUCACAUGAAACCUCAAGCCUCGAAUAUAGGCUUACAAAUGCCUUGUGGUGAAAAAAAAUCUCAAAUGCUCAAUACACCAUCACAAAAGUCAUGUGGCCAAGCAAAAUCUCAAGCGUCCAAUGCAGCCCAACAUAUGCCUUGUGGUUUCACAAAAUCUCAAACCUUGAAUGUACCAUCACAAAAAUCAUGUGGACAUGCCAAAUCACAAGUCUGUAAUGUAGGAGCACCUAUGCCUUGUGGUCACGCACAAUCUCAAAACCUUAAUGUUUCAUCACAGAAGUCAUGUGGACAUAUGAAAUCACAAACCUGUAAUGCACCAAGUCAAAAACCAUGUGGACAAAUGAAGUCGAAAGCAUCUAAUAUGGCAUCACAAAAUCAGUGUGGUAAAUCAAAAUCACAGCAAUCCCAUAUGCCAUGUAAACGUAGCAAAAGUGAAGUAUUUUAUUCUCCAGCUUCAUCCGAUGGCGAAGAUAACGAUAGAACCUGCCCAGAAAAAAAAACUUGCUCAAAAUUAAAUGAAGCAAAAGCCAGGAGUCUUGCUAUUCUAAAGUUAUUGCAUGAAGUUGUGCAUCUCAUUAAUGAGGAUCACCCGGAAGAGAAUCCCUGCUCAUACAGUAUGCUUGAACGAGAACUUUCUCAUGAUAUGCCUAAGUCGAUGCCUUCAUCUCCUUGUAAAAAUGUGCAGGUUGAGCAACAGGAAAUAUCACCAUGUUCUAAAUCGACAAUUUCUCCGUGUUCUGAGCCGAUAGAAGCACCUUGUUCUCAACCGGCAAAAAUGCCCUGUUCUGAACCGGCAAAAAUGCCCUGUUCUGAACCGUCACCAUGCUCAAAACCACCGCCAUUGGCAACUCUACCGUGCAAUCUAAUUAUAUCACCAGAUAUGCAAAUUACAAUUGCUCAAAUUCUAGCUGGUGGAGCACCACCACAAACCGCUCUAUCUGCAGCAAUGAAACCACCGCCCUGUGCAAAAGACCUAGAAUCCACAACUGAUACAUCAAUUGGAACUGAAGAAAAAUGUUGGCAGUCUACAUUAGUAAAAUCAUUCUAUCAUGAUUCAAUAGAUACAUCUCAAAUGGAUCUACCGUGUUCAUGUUCAUAUGAAAUGAAUGAAGCAACAGAAUAUGAGGAACAGCCUCAUCACAUCGAUAAUAACAAUGCCUUAUUUAAAGAACAAGGUGGAUAUGAAGAAAUGUCCUAUAAUAGAGACACUGGUGGAAGUGCGGCUGAAGAAGAAAAUUAUCCGAAUGUGUUGAAUAUCUAUGAACCGCAAGCGGCUGAAGAAGAUAAUUAUCCGAAUAUGUUGAAUAUCUAUGAAGCGCAAUCGGUACGGGACACAACAGAAACAAGUAGUGAUGGCGUUAAGGCUGCUUUCGUUACUAUCAUUGAAGAACUAGUUACUCCUUGUAAUAUGAUUGAUAAUUCGCCUUGUAAUUUGGGUAAUAAUAUGGGUAAUGAUAUGGGUAAUAAUAUGGGUAAUGAUAUGGGUAAUAAUAUGGGUAAUAAUGCUCCUUGUGGACCCAAUCAUUGCUCGCAAGAAGAUUUAAGAGUACGGCGUGAUUUACUGUGCUCACAACCACGGGGUGAAGAGCAAUGUGAUUGUACUGAUAAUGAACCCGAACAAAAUGUGGUUGACAAGGGCUGCAAUAUGCCACCACCGCCACAAGAUAGCUGUUCAGGUAAUAAAGAAAUAAUUAUGCCUCAACAAUGUCCUGAUGAAUGUGACGAACCUGUUUUUAUCGAUGAACCUUGUGAUGAUGGUAGUGAUGACAAAAAUACCGGCACAUGUAGUGAUACUGAUAAUGAAAGAGUGCCAAUAUGUGGUAAGGAAAUGAAGGAAAACCAAGGGGAUGAUUGCAAGUGCUGUCAUUGUCGUGCGAUGCGUGAAUGCCCUAAUGAGCAUAAUAUGCAACUCGUACGUACAGAUUCAUGCACAGAGGAUAAGCCACCUAAAAACGAUGAUGAUAUGAAAUUCUUUAUAAAUUCCAUUAUAAUGGAUUUAGAGGCAAUGGAAUAUGCAAGGCGUACUAAGAAUAAUGACCGGAAACUAUUCGCGAAGAAGAAAAAAACUGGACCAUGUAAUAGUUUCCCAGUUACCAUAACCGAUGUUUCAGAACUUGGUGCUACCUCCUUGUACGUAAAGUGGGAAAUUGAAGACUGCAGUAAUAUAUCUGGUUAUGAGAUUUUCGUUGAUGGCUUCUUGACCAAUCGUUACUUCAAUUGCAGUCAUACUGCUGCUGUUAUUUGUGAUGUUGAUGUCACUGCACCACAUAAAAUUAUACUCGUUGCGCAACCAUAUAUGAAUGAAGAGUGUUUAUGUCCAAAAUCUACCGAAUCAGAAAAAAAUAUGGACUUUAACGCCAACAAAUCGGUUGUUAAAAGAGGAUUAACUAUGCCAACACUGAAUCCUUCGGCAUUAUGGACACCUAGUGUGUAUUUCUAUGAUCCUCCAGAAUACUGUAAAGCUCCUGACAUAAGUCGUGAAUGUGACUUUGAGUAAAAAUUGAUUUUCCUGAAGUGUUGUUCU